CUCGUAAUUUACAUUUCUCGAGCACGAAGUUCCUUCAUUUUAUUCGCACGGUAUUCGUUAAGGCUAGAUUAUCAUUAUACAUACUUUUGUUUUUGAUCAUUAAUUUUUCGACAAAACUGUAUACAGUAAUGACGUAAACUCUUACGAUUAAAUGUUAGUGGUGAUGAAAAAAAAGAAGUCGAAGGAAUGGGCGGAGUUUGCGCUUGUCGGGAUCCAAGGUAAAAUACGUCAACUUGUUUGAAUAAGAUAACCAACAAUUUUCCAAAGGAUUUACGAAUGGUGCGUGAAAGGAUCAGCUCCGACAUUUCUUUAUCGAGAUUUGGAGAAAUUUGGAAGGAACGUGGUACAGGUUAAGAAGAACGGAUUGAGAAAAGCGGCGAGGUUGCGUCGUAAAUAAAGUGGAUGCGCACGCGGACAAUAACACGCGAGAGCGAGUGAGGCAACGCUUUGGUUAAAGAAGGAAGGAUAUGAGUCGAACGCUCUGAUUGGUCGAGGCGGCUAUAAUGGCCGCCGAUUGGCGCACGCACGCACGAACACCAGGUAUUCGAUACCCACACGGACGCACGAACACGAGCGUGGAUCAGGAGCGUAGCAGUCGCUCGCGGCCGAGAAGAGUGAAAAGAGCGACAGAAACGGUCGGUCCGCGCGUUGCCUUGUAAGGCGGAGGGAGAGUUGGUGUGUGACGUCCGUGCGCGGAUGGCUCGAAGAACGCCGAUUUUCCUCAGCUUCUACAACGUAUCCUCGCCAAGCGGAGGAAGGAGCGAGUGAAAGGAGAGUGCAUGCGAGCCGGGCGCGACGCCGACCCUCGACACAAUCGCGUAUACGUAAAAUUCGACAAUCCGUCAAGUUUAAAGCUGCCGAAAGCUGCUCCGUUUUCAUUAUCCUCGUAGCGUGUAUACCAGUCUAGAAACAGAUUAUUAGACACCCAACGACUCAACGUGAAAUAUCCCUGAUGGUUAGAAGACAAGAUACGAAGACGAAACAGAAGUAAAAAAGGGUAACGGAGCAUCCGGAAAGGUAGAGAUAGAGUGAAAGCCCGAGCGAACAAGCGAGGGACGGAAAGUGACCAAGAGAAGCGAGAGCGAGUAAAACGCCAAACAAGAUACGUAAGAGACAAAGGCCACGGCGGCAUAACCUCCAAGCGAUCCGAUCGUGCCGCGCAUUAAGAGGAGGAUACCCUGCUUUGUGGAUCGCCUAGAAGGAACAUUCGGUAUACAUUAUUUGCGAGAGAUUAUAUUUUUACAAAUGCAUGCCUGCUGUCUGGGCUUCCAUAUAUGAAGUGUCGCACGAGUGAGAUAGAGAGAAAGAAAAAGAGCACGUGUAUGGAACUUAUUUUCCUCCAAGUAAAAGAGGAGUCGUCGUCGUGGUCGUCGACGUCGACGUCGUCGUCAAGUGAAAGAGCGGGACUGUUGUUUGUACGGUCGUGUUUUUCCGCGACACCUAGUAUACGAUAGACCAUAGCCCGCGAGUGUUGUCUGCUGUGUGAACAAAUUCAUUCUUCCGACGGCACAAAGCAACCGAGAAAAAACAGGAAUAGUUGAGAGGCGGCAGAUAAUAUUCUGAGUGUGUAGUCCAUCGUUGAUGGAUGAAACUAGCAGGAUGCUGCAACACGGUGGAUCAGGUGUUGGUCUAAUGGGAGGGAAUCAGGGCCAGGGGGCCCAAAACACCGCUGGCUAUGGAAGCAUGGGUCCUGUCGAUGGAACUGCGACGCAGGGUCCGGAUCAAGCAGCCGAGGCUAGAAAACAGGAUAUCGGUGAUAUUCUCCAACAAAUUAUGAAUAUCACUGAUCAGAGUUUGGACGAAGCGCAAGCAAGGAAACACACACUGAAUUGCCACAGAAUGAAGCCGGCCCUGUUUUCGGUUUUGUGCGAGAUCAAGGAAAAAACAGUGCUUUCGUUACGAAACACUCAAGAAGAGGAGCCACCCGACCCGCAGUUAAUGAGGUUGGACAACAUGUUGAUCGCGGAGGGAGUUGCCGGUCCAGAGAAAGGCGGUGGAGCGGGAGCUGCAGCAUCGGCAUCGGCGGCUGCAGCGGCUGGACCACCUGGACAACCUGACAACGCCAUCGAACAUUCGGACUACAGAGCCAAACUCGCUCAAAUUAGGCAGAUCUAUCAUCAGGAGUUGGAGAAAUACGAACAGGCGUGCAACGAGUUCACGACUCACGUAAUGAAUUUACUGAGGGAACAAAGUCGUACCAGGCCGAUCACGCCGAAGGAGAUCGAGAGGAUGGUACAGAUCAUUCACAAGAAGUUUUCGAGCAUCCAGAUGCAGCUGAAACAGUCUACCUGCGAGGCCGUCAUGAUCCUGAGGAGUAGAUUCCUCGACGCGAGGCGUAAAAGACGAAACUUCAGUAAACAGGCCUCAGAAAUCCUAAACGAAUACUUUUAUUCGCAUCUCAGUAAUCCUUAUCCGAGCGAAGAGGCCAAGGAAGAGCUCGCGCGAAAAUGCGGCAUCACCGUGAGUCAGGUUUCCAAUUGGUUCGGCAACAAGAGGAUACGCUACAAGAAAAACAUAGGUAAAGCACAGGAGGAGGCGAACUUGUACGCAGCCAAAAAGGCAGCUGCAGCUUUUGCAGGAGCGUCGCCGUACAGUAUGGGUGGUGCCAGCCAAGGCACUCCGACCCCGAUGAUGUCGCCGGCGCCUCCCGGUGGUCCGCAAGACAUGGCCGGAUACGCGAUGGGCAUAAACGGUAGCGACUAUGGCUCGCAACCGUACAACGACGGCUCCAUGGGCUACGACCCUAUGCACCAGGGCAAGGCAUUGGCUGGGGGGCCAGGCGCGGCGGGAUGGAUGCAACAACGCGAGGCGGUGCCGGAAUUUCCGCCACUCCACGAUUCAGCGGACUCUGAUUCCGACCGGGAGAAUGAAAAACGACCGCGCGUCUAAAGUUACUUUUGGAAUGUGCGAGACUAGUAUGGUAACGAACCUAAUAAAAAGACAGUAAAAAAAAAAAAAAAGAAAAAAAAAGAAAAAAAAAGAACCGAGUAAGAGGAGAAACGAAGCAGAGUGUAUGUUAGAGGACGAGGAAAAACAAAAGUACACCACCGUCAGACAACAAGAACCACCACACCGUCACUCGCCACUAUCCACCGAACACGCACACACUCUCGUCGACACUGACACGCGCGAUUUGCGCGCACCUCCGAGCCAUACACGAGAAAACGAUGUUCGUUGGUGUUCCUACUAUAAAUAGUAACUCUAGUUUCCGGUUUUCGAACACUUUUUCUCUUUUUCCUCUCGAGGAAGAAGGACACGUAUACGAAGAUGCGAGGCGGUUGUUCCUCGAAGUAGAGCGCGCCACGCAACCCGUUCGUGGCCAGCCAUCGCGCCCCGUUGUGCUCGCUUCCGAUUUUCGAAUGGAAAUCGACCGUUUGAAAGAUGACGAACAGAUCGCGGAAUCGGUGAAACGUUUUCGCGAGAAUCGAACGAUUUUUGUACUCGCCGUUGUAUCUCCAUUGCGCGUCCUUCGAUCUUGUUACUUGAUGUUGCCUUAUCGAGCGACCGUGAGCGAGCGUACGCUUCACGUAUUUACGAAAGGCUCGAAGAGCGAACAAUAGAAACGGGUGCAGGGAGGAAAAAAGAAAACGAGAGAGUGGAAAGGACGGCGAACGAUCAGAGCUCGUAAGCCGAUGUGCUCCUGAGAACGGACGAAAUUCGUUGCUCUUAAGACAAUAUGACGGCGUACAGACGCUUAGCUAAGGAGAGAAAGGGAGAGAACGUACGCGAAUCGACUAGUUUUUAAUUUUACAUGUGCUACACGUACACACGCAGACAUGGACACGUACACGUACACAACUAGAUAGAUUUAGCUAGUACAAGAUAUUUUUAUUCUUCCUCCCCUCCUCCAUCAUAUUUACUUGGAGUUCUUUUCACGAUUUUGUUUUUAAACACUUGACCUCGUUUUGCAACCUCUUUUAACGUCGUAUUAUGUAUCCUUCCACUAUAUAUUCUUGCGUAGCGUAAUUUUGAUUGUUGGGUACGGAUUUAAAAGAAGAAGAAUCCAGACGGUCGUGAAUACAUCACGAUGGUCCUUUAUCUCUCGGCGAGAGAUACGCCACCGGCAGCUUGUAUUUUCGUGUCGCAGGUUUAACAAUUUUCGUUAAUCCUUUUUAAAUCUGAGCCCAGCACGGGUGUAUCGUGUAAUGCUAGCGAAUGUUUCCUACGUUCACUUGUGGUUUAAGUUCCGAGUUUUAAAUUUAGCUUCCGAGUUAUACUUUGCAGCGACACGCGGACGAUGUUUGCGUGCUGAUUUGUUCCCUUUUCGUUUCGACGCGAGGACACCAAUCGCUUUUUCCAUGGAAAACAAAUGGAGCCGAUCGUUGCGUCGCGUUAAUGUACAAUCGAGCAGUUCUUUCGAUGUUUUCCCGAAUUAUUAUUUAUUUGUUUCUGUAAAACGUGAAAUGCUCGAAUUCCGAUUCGCGAGUGUCCUCGCUGCAGAAAGCGAGUAUCAUCGUAUUCUUUGUUACGUUGAAAAACUGUGUGCAUGAUUGUACCCACGAGCGAACCGAAACAUCGAAAUCGAUAUCCCACUUUUACUUUUUCGUAUUUGUAUAGCAGUGAUUCAGCACGAGAUUUUAUUAAAAUUCGUUCCCCUUUACUAUGCCGUUUUCUGUUUCUGUUAAUUUCAUCACCCGACACACCUUGCGCCGAAUCCAGGAUAACGAACUCCGUCCUUUUGAUUUAUCUCGACGGAAUAAGCACCAUCUUUUAUUUCUAGGUAUAGAGUUUCGCGUAGAUCGGAAGAUUGUCCAUUCGCGGUUUCGAAUGCAUUUUGGUCUUCGGGAGAAAAAAGAUGUUUCGAAUAGAAGUAGAAUCGUCGUGGUGCAACGAACCUGGUAUCGAAGUUUAUCGAUAUCGAACUUCCUUACGAACGAACGAAAACACAGCAUUCGAUGGGAUCGCGCAAACACGCGAUUCGACUGGAUUCGACGCUUGAAAUAUACGAUUGCGCCUGUCUACCCUUAGUUGGUCGUACGUACGUAGGUACAUAUGUAUUGUGUAUACAAGUGUAUAAAAAUAUAUAUUCUAUACUUUCGUAUGUGUAUAAUCCGUGUGAUCGUUACGAUGACAACUUUUUACCAUGAAUUGAACAAAGACGCAAGGAUUGCGUUUCGAUCGAGUUUCCUUUCGAGCGUGCUACGUGCGCGAACAUCGGAGACGAGCAAAAUUUUCUUCGAAUAACGAACGACGAACAAGACCAACGCGUAGUGCUUUACUUUACAAGACGAUUCGAUCUUUGUCUAUUCGUUCUAUAAUCGAAAUUUCAAUUUUUAUUCAACGAGCAGCGGAUGAGAAAGUGUGCGAACGUUCAUCUUUCGUUCGUCAUUCGAAAUUGUUUUCUUAAACGAGAAGUUUGCCCAUCUCCGACAAACGGUCAGCGGAAUAAGAGAAUUCCAGAUGUCGUCGGUUCGACGAAACUUUGUCGACGACUCUGGAGCCACGAUCGUAUAUACAUAUGAACUAAAAAUCGGUUGGAAUGAUUGGGGGAAUUUCUUCGCGCGAUUGUGAUUCACACUCGCGUACACGGCCGGUGCUGUUUGCUUUCAGGAGCUGUCGCCUUGAAAUACUUAGAGGAAUCGCAAGAAGAAACGCAAAACAGACAAUUACGAGAAUCUGUACGAUGUAGGAAAAAACGCAUAUAUGUAAGACGAUGUAUCGUGAAAAUGCUCGCGCAAUCCGAUCACCUCACUAUCUGUGAUCCGAGGCUCGCCCUUACCGGGCGGGUAAUACGAACUAAAAAAAAAAAAAAAAAGAAAAAAAAAUCGAUAUUAAGCUAUUAACGUUAUGUAAUAGAUAUUCUCGAAACGAGAUGCGUUCACGUUCUCGAGCGACGAGUGCAAUUGUAACGCUUCGGUGAAGAACUUUGACUUAGCCACACAGAGGUGGGCAAAACUUUAUUCGGCCAAUCAACGACGAAUUAAACCAACGUAUAGCUGUUUACUCUCGACGUUUAUUCCAUCGAAUGGUUAACGUGAAAUAUCGUUCAAUUACAUAAUUUAGGCUAAAUAAAUGACGUAUUGAAAAGCUGUUCUUUUAUUCGUUAUUCAAAAUUUGUUAUCUAAGCGAGAGUUUUGUCCAGUUCUGUUCACCGAUCGAACAAGCGAUGAGGAAAAGGCGAUUGGGAAACGACGACGGAUAACCUGUACCCCCGGUCGCUUUCAAUCUUUCCAUCGUUGUUCGUUCCUUUCCAUUUUUCUUCCACGCUGUUGUUCGAUAACGAAGCGUACACGCCUCUGUGCAUCGACGCCACCUUUUCCCCUCUCAGCGUCCACAUCGAUGCGAAGAUAGCCGAAAGAAACGAAACGACAGAGUUAACGAGCGUAUUAGAAGAAAAAAAAAAGAAAGAAAGAAAGAAAUUGAUAUUAAGCGAGAGAAGCGUAUGUACGAACGGGAAACAGAACAGAAACGAAGCAAUGGUCCUGCGACACAACACUAAUGUAUACGAUUUUUCAACAUGAAAAUAUUAUAUAUUGUAGCUAUACAUAUAGAAGUAUAUAAAAGAGAAUAGUACAUAGGCAGACUGUAACGGCUAAGUACACAUCAUUGUAACGACGAUGCUAAUUAGUAGGAUGAAAAUUUAUUUUAUUAUUAUUAUUAUUAAUAUUGCCGUUAUGACUAUUAUUAUUAUUAUUAUUAUUAUUAUUAUUAUUAUUAUUAUUAUUAUUGAUAUUUGCGAUUCUUGCGUUAUGGUGAUCGCAAUUGCAAUUGAAUUAUUAUCAGAUUGACGGCGAUUUGAAAUAUUAUUAAUUAUUAAAAUUUAUGAUUGUGCUCUUAUCGUUUGGGCACGGGUUUUUUUUUAAAGGCAGACGAAGAUCGAUCGAAUGCUAGGCGAUUUCUAUCGAUUUAUUAUGGAUUAUCGAUAACUUGCGGUUCGACGAUUUAUUACUUAGCAUGUAGACGAAAAGAAAAA